AGCCAUUUUAGAUCGGGCAAUCAGCGUAGGUAAGCCUAGAUACUUAUCACGGACCCCUACCGCCCCAAUGCCCAGAAUCGCAGCCAAGAAUUCUUGGUCCGAAGAGCAAUAUUUUUACUAAAACAAACUGCCAAUUUAGCCAAGUUCACUCGCUGACCACUAAGCUCCUCUUAUUCGUUCAAGACCUCGAUCAAAUUCUCACACUCCUGGAGAGAGAAACGCAUGAAUAAAUAAGAAUCAUCAUCGAAAAAAAAAUGCGAGAUCCGGGGGGCAUGAGGAGCCACUUUCACUCCUUCAAGCUUUUUCUCAGAAAUAGCCUUGCGCAGGACCGCCGUGAACCCCUCAGUGCAGAUAAAAAACAAAAGAGGGGAGAGCGGAUCCCCCUGACGGAGUCCCCUGGAGGGAGUGAAGUACCCCGAUGGGGUGCCAUUCAUUCUAACAGAAAAAGACGACGACCUAAGGCAUUCAUGUAUUCAUCCUUGCCAGACGGAGUUAAAGCCCAUCUUGUCCAAAACUGCGAGAAGAAAUGGUCAUUCGACUCUAUCAUAGGUCUUUUCCAUGUCAACCUUUAGAGUUAUGUAUUCUUUCUUACCACGCGUUUUGAUUUUCAAGUAGUGCAUUAACUCAUGUCCAAGGAGGAUAUUCUCAACUAUUUAUCGUUCCCCGAUGAAAGCAUUAUGACCUUUCGAAAUGAUUUGUGGUAAGAGGCUAGCAAGCCGUUCAACCAUGAUUUUGGUUAUAAUUUUAUAAACAAACUAACAUAAACUAAUAGGCCGCAAUUGUCUCUUAGUCUCCACAUUAUCCACUUUGGGGAUCAAGGUUAGCUAAGUAUGAUACUAUGAUUGAAGCUGCGGAGCAUCUUACUUGUUGUAAAGAAUGAACAAACAACAUCAAUUACUUAGCUCCCACAAUAUCCCAAAAGGCCUUAAAUAAAUUUCCCGUAAAACUAUCCGACCUAGGAGCCUGCUUGGUUCCCAUAGCAAAAACCGUUUUUCGGACUUCACCAGGGAGUACUUAAGCCGUUAGGCUGACAUUCAUAUCCCGUGUAACACUGUGAGUGAUAGGCAGAUCAGCCACCCGAUCAAGCAUGUUCAGCACCUGAUUUUCCGAGGUAAAAAGAUGGUGAUAAAAGUUAUUAGCAAUAUCUACUUUUCCAUUUCAUCAGUGAUCCAUUCCCCAUUGUCAUUGCGGAGACCGGCCACAAAGUUACGUUUUCGACGUGCCCUUGUCACCGUAUGAAAAUAAGAAGUUGUUUACACCUAAAAUAUUUUUGGCCUAAAUUCAAUGUCGUAAUAAUGAGUCUCGGCAUUUAGUUCGAUAUCGCAUGGCCAAAACGAUGUCAUUUGGAGUCGAGCAAAACCGCGGAGAAUUUAAGCGAGACCGCGAAGAGGCUCGGCGGUACCGCGGUACUUGAAACGACAUUGGUUGCAGACCAUGUGUGAGUCAUGCGCAGGACAUGUGUUGCUGUUGGACAAGGAAUGUUUUUUUUAUUUUAUUUUUCCUUGUCGGAGAAGGAGAGUAACAGCGCCGUUUGGAGUCAAGCAAUGCUGCGAAGAGAUAAAACGGUGCCGCGGGCCUCAAAGCUCAACGGCAUCGCGAGACUGGGAAACAGUGUCGUUUGGCUAAAAACGGCACCGCGACAAGCGGCAUCGCGGAUGAGUUAAAACGGUACCGCAAGGAAGCUCAGUGGUACCGCGGCACUGGAAACGACACCGCGAGUAAGCCUAACGGUACCGUUGUAUUAGCAAACGACAGUGUUUAAAUAUUUAAACAAUGUCGCGGAAAGAAAAACAAACGGAGCUGUUUGGAGAGGAAACGACACCGCGGAGCAUGAAAACGAUAUCGCGCGAGGAACCAGCAAUACCGCGGUGGUGGAUAAAGCCGCGAGCUAAACAACAUUGCGGUGGAGAGAGAUGUCGCGAUCGCGAAUCUAGCGGCGUUGCUAGUGCGGCAAUGCCGCGAAUUUCAAUGAUGCCGCAAGGCCAAAGCAACAUCGUGGAGUUCAACGAAGGCCAUCGACUUUGUGUGGUCAACGACGCCGAGAGAUCAACAAUCUACCGGCGAGUACACGGUGACGAGGGUGAAACAACAAUGUUGUUUUAGUCGAUGGCGGUAUCGGGAUUCGAACCAUGGUACAAAGUUGAUGUGUGUGCACGUGACUUUUACGCAAAGCAGAAAGAGGAGAUCAAGGCAGUUGAGACACGUGGGGAUUCAGGACGGAGCAGUUGAGGAAAGCAGUUCAACAGAGCGUGAAGACUACGAAGUUGGUUUUAGAUAAAAUCAACCCUGCAAGGAGAGAGAAAGGGGACAACCAAAUCAACACAGAAACACAUCUGUCAAACUUUACCUUUUUCUUUGUAACUCCUUCGCGGAGCUCUCCUUCCAGGAAGGAUCUCCAUAGUUGUAGUCUUAGUCGUAGUCGCGGAGCUCUCCACAGGAAUCUCCAUAGGAGUAGCAGUAGUGUAGAUUCCUUAAAAAACUCAAACACCCUCGUUCGAACGUAGUUUGGAGAGGUGCGAACCGUAGUAACGGUCGCGUUGGUUAGAAGUUAGAGGUGCCUCGAUCAAAUCAACACCGCCCGACGGUGUAUAUUUGACGGUCACGUUGAUUUCACCAUUUAGAGGUGCAUCGAUCAAAUCAACGGCGCCGACAUUCGGUGGCGGAUAUUUGACGGUCGUCUCGAUUUUAGCAAUCAGCGGUGCUUCCAAUCAAACGGCACCGCGAGAGUUUCCACCGCGAAACAUCAAAUCAACAUCGCCGGAAACGAAUUCGGCACAGGCGGUGGCAUUUGGUUUUCCCGAGGAAACAGAAGUAUUUUUAUCACCUUUCUUCAACUAUUGGACUCUGAAUUUUUGCUGCCAGUAGACUUCAUCUGCCUCCCAUUGUCUAUUCAACUCAAUUUCCAACCUUUGAAUCGCAUCCCAGUCUAUAGGGUUUUAAGGGAUUAAUAAUUAAUGUCGUUGCUAAAAAAAAUUGCCCAUAAAUAAUUGAUAAUCAGGGAUCAAAUUAGAUAUAUGCACCGCUUGCUUUUUUCCAUCAAUAUGCAGUUAACUAUUCUCUAUCUUGCAUAUAUUUUUUAUGUGAAAGUGUGAAACAAUGGGAUGAAGUCUUUAGCUAAAAAUUAUCACAUCUACAGAUGGGUAUCUUGCUAAUUGGUAGUACAAUCAUAGUUGUAGAUUUGUAGUCAUUAUUUUUGUCGUAAUCAUAUUUUUUUCAAUUGUAUGACUACAACUCUGGCACAAUCAUAAUUAUAACCAUUAUUUUUGUAGUUGUAAGAAUACAACUCUAAAAGUCUAAAACAAACUACUACAACUUGCGCUAACCACAAUAAUGGCCCACAUUCAAAUCAGUCGAGUGAACUUUCCAUUAGUUUCUACUUGCAAGCCUGCAACUAGGAUUCAUUCCAACAUGUUUCCGUAAUAGGCCACCAAACAAUUAAUUACUAUUGUCAGUCGAAGCUCGGAUUGUUAUUGUGUUCCCGUGACUGUGAUGUUCUUUCCAUGCCAAACAUAAUCCUAAGAAAACAAACUUUUCGGUUACAGGUACCACUGUUUGGUUUUCUGAUCCUGAUUAUUCACAUGACAUUCAUAUUUCUUCAGCUCUCGUACUAGCAUUUUAUCCUCGUGUAUUAUUACAAACAAUAAAGAUAUUCCUAUAUU